AUGACUGGUCCCCUGUUACACAUCUGGUAUAUACUUGUUUUGUGUACAAGGGGAAAUCCCAAAAAUCCCCAAUUGAAACACCAUUGUUUAUGGCGUGAUAAUAAUAUUGUCAUAACAGCUCGACUUGUAAUAUACUUUGUUGGCGAAGGUGUACAAUCUUUCAAGGUAAAUGUAUGGUAAAUACUGUGAAUAUAUCAGUCAAUCAAAUAUUCAGAUAGAUAGAUAACUUUAUUUAAACACGUUAACACCUGCAACUAUAAAACGGUCGGCUUGACAGUUUUCAGUCGACUUGUAAUAUACUUUGUUGGUGAAGGUGUACGAUCUUUCAAGGUAAAUGUAUGGUAAAUACUGUGAAUAUAUCAGUCAAUAUCCAGAUAGAUAACUUUAUUUAAACACGCUAACACCUGCUGACCUGCAACUAUAAAACGGUCGGCUUUACAGUUUCAGAUUCGCAGUUUCACUUUCAGAGUUUCAGAUUCACAUUCAGAUUCAAAUAUGAGAAUAGAUCAGGUGUCAAUAAAAGGCGGAUGCAGAUUGGCGAACGAGUAGCGGCGGACAGGAAAUUGUUAAUAAUUAUCGUUAUACAUAUUAAUUAAUAUAUAAUGAUUCUCUGGGUUGUACAGGUACACGCAAGCCUAUAAAAGAUCAAAAUAUCUUCUCCACGUUUCAAGCAUAGGCCCUUCGUCAUGGCGAAUUCAGCUGGUUUUUCAAGUAUUUCCUACAAAUUAAUUAACCAAAACCAAAGUAACAUAUCUGGUUUGAUAAAUCAUAGUACUGAAAGUUAUUUCACUGUUUUUGUUAUUCAAUAUAGAUAUAUCAUCAUCAGGGGCGGAUCUAGGGGUAGUCAGAUUAGUCACGCGACUAACGUAAAAAAAAGGCAUAUAAAAAAAUUUGGACUAAGGUUUUUGAAUUUUUUCCCAGCGCAAACACUUCUCUUCAUUUCUGAUCACGCAAUCAAAACUGUAUCACACUUCAGCAUAUAAACUUCGAUCAGUUGCACAUUGAGCCAGCGAUUGAUUAGUCAAACGAUAAGUCAAAUAAGCGGUAUUCAAAUGAAAAUUGACUAUUCUGCGUUUUAGUUCAUGUGAUUUGAUUGGUCAAAUUUACUCAGAUUACACAUUACAGACAUGUUGAUUGGUCAGACCUAUUUUGACUAACGAUUGCGAAAUUUUGACUAUUUUGACUAAUUCUGCAAAUAGAUAACAGCCUCUGAUUGGACAAUUUGCGCAAAAGAGUUAAAGAACAUCUCCUCUGAUUGGCCUUCUAAUCUUCAAUUUGGAAGCAUUGUGCACUUGGUAGCUUUAUUGCAGUUUUGUACAAUUUUACAAGCAAUUUAUUUACUAUUAUCGAAAUGAACGACGUAUAUUUCGAAAAGGUUCGAUCGUUAUUUGAAAGUGACGAUAAGGAAUGCUUACUGGUGUUCUGUGGAGAAUAUUUCAAGCAGAUAAAUUCGAUGGAUGCAAGAAAAUUGUCUUGGCCGAAACUAUCUAGCUGAGAUGUGUUGAUUUCUCGAAUUCUCGUCGUCUAUUUCAGGAGAUUAUAAAGAGGUGUAUGGCAAUAAGGUAAAGUGGUUUGAAUUUUGAACAAUAAAUCGUUGAAUUGAACGUACGAUUUGCAUAAUUGUGCGAGGUUAGGUCCAAAGUUUUAUAUACUGCAUACAUAUUCAUUAUGUGUAUAAAAUUAAAACACCUCAAGUGGCAGAAAUUUGAUCUCAAAUAUUUGAUCAUGUUGGAUAAAAAAUAUUUAUUGUGUACAUGCUUUAUAGAGUAUUGAUUGACUGAUAAUAGCUCUGCAAAUGUACUUUAUAAAGAUAAUAAUAAUAUAAUCUUUGGUUAUAUUUUUAGAUCUGAUGCAACUGGCAAUUGCUUGUAUAGCUCUGUUUCCUAAGCAUUGACAGGUACCAAUGACCUAAUUUGACCUUGAUAGUUUAAAUAUUUACAGUGCAAGUGUGAAAGGUCUAUUUCGGCACUUAUAGGACACUAAAAGGCUAUAAGCAAACUAUGGUUGAAGACUACUUAAAUUAAAUGACUUGGCUUGGUCAUGAUGCAAAUUCACCAGGAAAUUAUUCCUAACAUAUGUACUGUAGGAAACGUUAUUGAUAAAUUUUCUGGAACAUGUGGUUAAAGUUAAAUAUCUCGGCUUGCAAAAAGACCACUCUCGCCUCCAAUAGCAAUUAAUAACCUCACUCUUGUACACAACACUGACAUGAGAAAAAACUUCCUGGGGUUUGGAUCUUCAUCAUCAACCAAACUUAGCCUUUCAAGAUCACCACCUUCCCAUAAUCCCCCCCCCCCCCCCCCAAACAUUCGGGCUUUGUAGACAAAAGCUGAUGCCAAAUAUCGGGUCUGAUCUCAUUGGCUUGAGACAGGUCCAUUGCAUCUUGAACCAGUUAAAUUUUUCAACAGACCAGGGCUUGAAAUAACAACUGAUCACCAAUCAAUAAUAGGCAGGAAAUUGCUUAUGAUCGGCGGAAAAGCAGGGUUUCCAACCUGAAAAAGCAGGGAAAGUCAUGACUGCCGAUCACCAUGAUCGGGAACUUUGGGAACAUUAUUUCAGGCCCUGACAGACAAACUCCAUGUUGAUAGUAUGUGACUGUCUAUAUAGAGUAUGUAUAAGCAUAGUAUAGGAAUAAUAGAAUACUGUGUUAAAAACCUUGCCAAUUUAAUAUUUCAGAUAACUAGAUAAGUGAAGUAAUAGUUAUUUGUAAUGAAAUAUUUUGUAUUUGAAUCGACUGUGAUUAAAAUAUGUUUAAAAUGCCAGGUAAAACAAACUUGUUUUCAAUAAAAGUUGGCUUCCACUGAAGCUGCAGCUUUGAGGCACCAUUUCACUUGUGAUAUUAUACAUUUUCAUAGUGGACAGUAUAUAACAAGAUGAUGAAUUUAAUUAGAUUAGACAUAGGUUAGUAAUAGCUAUGAGGACUGGGGAAGGGGCUAAAGGGAAAAACAAGGCAAUUUACAAAUAACCAAGCUCCUUUUGCUGCGGUGAAAGGUGUGAGGUGGGUUUAUGGCACCUUAAAACCAGAUUGCUCAUUUUAGGUGGUGUUCAUUGUUCAUUUUAUUAUCACCCAUUUCUAAGUUCUAGCCAAACUCCUUUUGCUCUUGCAAAAGGUGUGAAGGCAAGCAAUCUGGUUUUAAGGAGCCAGAAACCUGUGCUUGUGUUCAGCUUUUUGAAGGAGCUGUCCUUGUUGCCUUGUUGGAUCAUGGUUUACUAUUUUUGGUAAACGUGUUUCCUAGGCAUGCUGAUGAGCCAAGGUAUACACUGUAGGGCGAAACAGUCUAUAUAUUAAUAUAUCAUAUGCUGAACAUUGGCAGGUACGAAAAUUAAGUCAUUUACGCAUUUGUAGUUUGAUAAAACAAAAUAUUUAUACUUCCACAAAAAUUGGACUAUCAUCCUGACAUCAAAUGACGUCAUGUCAAAUGACGUCAUCACGUUUUGCGUCAUCGAUGACGUCAUAAAAUUUUGACUAACGUGCGAAAAAUCCUAGAUCCGCCCCUGAUCAUCAUUGUACAGUGGCUUAAAUCCUCUGGUUUUAGUGCACCAGAAUGGUCUUCUGUCAUAAACUGGUUUGCUUGGGUCUAAUUCUUGCUCUGCUUACCACCUCAGUCAGUGGAGGUCCAGGGUUUGGAACAAUAUGUAUGGCAGGUUGUAAUAUAUUGUGGAACGCGUGUGUUGCCGGAAUAACAGCCUCUACAGGGGGAACUGGGUUUUUGGCAGCACUAGCAACAUGUAAUUCGGCACAACAAGUGUGUUUCGCUGGGUGUACUAUCGCUUGUGUACUGCCAACACUUUGAAGUUACAAGAUAUCCUCGUUUUCAGAACGGAAAAUAAUAGAUUUAUCAUAAAACAGAUAGUAUGUAGAUCAGUGUGUCAUAAAAAGUAAAGAGCAAAAUGAAAAACAGGAAAUAAGAAUAAAGUAAAAACUAAUUAAUUGGACUGGACAACCACUUACUAAGAAAACUUAAAAUGUACUUAUGUAUGUACUUGCUUUAAAAUAUGGCUGAAUUGUUAAUAAAUGUUGUACGCAUUCGGUGCUCUUCUUGUCUUUUCAACUGAGCUAGAUAUAGAAUACAAGCAUUAUGGCCAUAAAAUAGUGUAGAAAGUGAGGACAACUAAUCAGUACUAGCCUGCAAACAAUCUCCACAGAAACUUGUUUCCAGUACAGAAUGCGGAAUCGGCAAACAGAUGAACAUAAGCUCAUGCUGGCCACGUGGAUUGCCCUGAGAAUAUGAUGAAAACUACCGACACGUUUUGAAAAAUCUCACAUCUUGUAGCAAGUCUGCCAACAAGCCGUCAACAAGUUGUGUUCGCACUGCUUGUCCCAAGUUGUCAACAAGUUUUAAACAAGCUGUUAACAACUUGUAACAAGCUUGAUGACAUUAUCAGACUUGUUACAAGGUUGUUCCAACAAGUCCGAUACAGUCAUGAGAUAACAAUGUGUUACGACCUUGUGUCGUCAACCUUGUAACAUUCUUGUUAUAUCAUGACUGUAUCAGACUUGUUAGAAAAACCUUGUAACAAGUCUGAUAAUGCCAUCAAGUUUGUUCCAAACUUUUCGACAGCUUGUGAACAGAUUUGUAACAACUUGUUUGCAGACCUGUAACAACUUGUGCGUUUUUACGUGUGUAUCUGCUUGUUGUCUCAGUCGAUAGCUCAUGCACCGUGUUAUGCCUCAUGCAAACCUUUUCUCACGUAUCAAACACGUUUAUUUUCCUUAAAUUAAACUGAAGAAAUUGGGAUCCUUUUAAUGAUAUUUUUAAGGAAAUGAAAUUUCUAGGGAAUUUUUAGUUUUAUCUAAUAUUUGAAAAUAUUGAAAUAAUAUUUAAACUUUAAACUUUACAAAAAGGUACGAUUCAGUUGUCACACAUGUCCUUUACCACUUCUGUGACAUGAGUUUGAUAACUGCUUGUGCAAUUUUCUGCAGUCUAAAGUUUCAUGUUGUCUGCACAUGUACUUUCUUUGGAGACACCAUUUGCCUCCUGACAAAUCGCAAAAUGAUAUGAUUAAGAUAGUGACUCUGAUUGAUUCACAUAUUGUAUUGACAUAUGACUGUUGACAUUGCUUUUUAUGUCUUCAAUAUUUGAAUGAGUCCCAUGUUUUGGAGAUGACAAUAAUUUUAUAUUACCCAACCCUUGAGUUGUUUUGUUUUUCAUUUACCCAACCUUUUACUCACAUAAAGUUUUGUUUAUGACCGUAGUACCACAGUCCCGUAGUACCACAGUACCAAUUACCGUAGUACCAUAUUAUGGUACCGUCAAGUACCACCGAGUACCGUAGUACCGUAUUAUCAUAUACCAAUAGUACUGUGGAACUAUACAACCAAAGAAGAACCGUGUUACCACUAGUCAUAGGGGCUUGGGGCCUAAUCAGUAUGCUAAUAUAUUUGGUGAUGUGCAUGUCAUUAUGACCGAAAGUGAAAGGCCCCGCCAAACAUUUAUAGCGUGAUACGUUACAGCUCGACUUUGUCGAAGGAAGGUCUACGGCUUUAUCAAGGUAAAUGUAUGGGUAACUGAAUACUGUGAAUAUAUCAGUCAAUAAAAUGCUCAGAUAGAUAGACAGAUAACUUUAUUUAACACGCUAACACCAACACUCAACAGCUAAAGCUGAUUUCCACGAAGGGCGUGUGAAGAAGAAGCAUACAGCAAAUAGAAAACGUUUUUAAAAAGCUACUUACAAAAUCUAAGAUAUAGUAUAAAAACAUUAUAUCAAGACCUACACUUUUUAAAAAAUGAUUUUGGACACGAAUUUGCGGAGAAUAUUAUUAUUUGUUGAAAAAACCCAGAAUAUCAGUGACUUGAAUAGAACAGCCUAACUAAGGCUAUGUUUACACUUGCCGCCAUAAUCUGAUAGCUUUUUGUAGCGACGUGAAAAACACUGUAUGAAUGGCCUGUACCGUUUUGCGGGAUGCGACUAAAAUUGAAGUGGGAUUCGGGAGGUUAAGAGAAAUAUUGGUGGGGAAGCGCGAUUUUAUUCCAUCGCGAGAAGUCAUGGAAAACGAUAGCGGCGGGGAAGUAAUGGGCUAUUCCAAUUAUUAUCCGCACCCCCCCCUGUUGAAGAACCUUGGAAUUUCCAGGGGAGGGGGUGUAUUAACCUUGGAAUUUCCAGGGGAGGGGGUGUAUUAACCUUGGAAUUUCCAGGGGAGAGGUGAAUUAACUUUAAAUUUCCAGGGGAGGGAAUACAUUAACCCUGGAAUUUCCAGGGGAGGGGGUGCAUUAACCCUGGAAUUUCCAGGGAAGGGGGCAUUCAGGCUCUGGAUUUCCAAGGGGAGGAGUAAUUCUCACAUGGAAUUUCCAAAGGGAGGGGUAAAUUUGAUGGGAUGAAAUUCCAUGGGAGGACAUAUGUUAGAGGGAAAUUUCCAGGAGUAGAUGUCCCAUGAUGGAAAUUCCAUGGGGAGGGGUAAUUUACACAUGGAAAUUCCAUGGACAGGGCCAAAUUUAAAUGGAAAUUCCAUGGGGAAGGCCUAAUUUAGAAUGGAAAUUCCAUGGGGAAGGGUAAUUUUUACAAGGAAUUUCCAUGGGAAGGGGUAAAUUUUACAUGAAAAUUUGCGGAAUUCCAGGGGAGUACCGACAUAAGAAAGGGGUUCCUCAACAGGGGGGGUGCGGAUAAUAAUUGGAAUAGCCCAAUGUACGUCAGCUGGACUGAUAAAUCAACAAUGUUGAUUGUGCAUCGGUGCUCGAAAUUUACUGUUUUCAAGAAUGAUAUCGAACAUUUGUCCCCCCACUGGCCCCAGUUAAAUGUAUGAUUGAGGCUUUCAUGUAUAAAAGUCGCGAUUUAAAGACAUUUAUUAUUUUAAACUUUGUUGCACUUGUAUUGUAUUCUAGUGUAUUCAAAUUGUAUUCAGCUAUGUCGUCAACAAGUUCUUCGAAUACUCGGUUAUCCGUUGUCUACAUCUAAAUCAUAAUACGUUGAACAGUGUUAGAAAAAAGUUGGGAGCGGGAAAUUGGGAUGAGUCAUGGCGGGAUAACGGGAUUUGAAGUAAAAAGCUGUCGGGAUAGCGGGAUUUCGGAACCCGGUACACCCAUGCAGGCCCCUCACCUAUCUGUUGUACCUUUUAGGAACGCUAUUUUCAGAGGAAUUAUUGCAACGGAGAGAUGUUGUUUCGCUCAGCUUCUGAAAGUUGUACAUGUCGUAUCGGAUAGGUGCUUUUUCGUGCUUUUGAACUUUUCGCGUUGCUAUGGAAAGCUAGCUAUCCCGUAGAAAUGUAAACGUAGCUUUCGAAUUAGAAUAUAUAUUAAAAAAAAUCGCCAGUGAAAACGGACCUUUAGACUAUAGUUAGACAUCAGGAUAAACACUAUGUACCUCGACAAAAUUACCGAGCUAUGGUUUGACAUAUUAUCGCCCGGAAUAGUCAGUAAAAGUGAUUUCAUCAAGCUAACUUGAGACCAUAUUAUUCGGCUGGUAAUUUGGAUUUUCAUUAAAGGCCAUGUAAUUAAAGUCCGUAAAGUAAAACAGACGCUUUUUUUUACAAACGCUACCACAAACGUUGUGACGUAUUAAAAUGGGAUACUUUAGAAAAGCGUAGAGAAUAUCUUUCUUUGAUAGAGUGUUAUAAAACAGUUUUUGGCCCCAACGGCAUAACAUUUAGUGACGUCCUAAAAUACAGACAUAGUAGGAAUACUAGAUCUAAUUAUAAUUAGGCCAAAUAAAAAAAAUACUUGGUUAGCGUCACCGCCCGCCUCUCGAUUUUCUGCCGCCUCUGAAUUUUUAAAAUUUUUUUUUUAUGUAAAUCUCUUCGUUUUACAGCUUAAAACAGUUUAAUAUUUGAAAUUUUUCUCAUGCUCAGACCUUCGCGCUAUAUACUGAUCGAUAGGAGCGCAUAGGCUUGGGUAUACAAGGUUCUUAAAGCAAAAUGGCGGCCUUCGCAACAUCAGUACAAAAAAUAUCACCGAUAUGGUGGAAAAACCGCCCCCCAUCCCCUCCAAAAAUACUAUUAAAAAAUUUAAAAACGAGUAAAAAUUUAAAAAAAUCCGCCCGCCCGCCUCUGAAAAUUUGUGAGAGUGUGACGCUAACCAAGUAUUUUUUUAUUUGGCCUUAUACUAUAUACACUAAACUACCUAAAAUUAAUCGUUAUAUAAGUAUUAAUUUUUCGUAAGAAUUAUCAGUUUAGGGAAUAGUUUGCCUGACAGAGUUGUUGAAAUAACUACUUUAAACGAAUUCAUUAAAAGCCAACUCAAGCGGUAUAUGAACUUACUUUAAUGUGUAUUCUAUCUCUAAAUUUUUAAAUUGUUAACCUGAGAAGGAGUUCCUUAUAUAGGGUUAAACUCUGGCUGCUCCUGCAAGGCUUUUGUGUGUAAACAUCAUUGGACCUUGAAUAAAUUUAUUGACUGAUUGAUUGAUUGAAAAACACAAUACUAGUAUCAUAGACGAUAUAAAAGGCGGGUGCGGAUUGGCCAACGAGGAGCGGCGGACGCGGACAGGAAAUUGUCAUAAUUAUCGUUAUGGAUACACGCAAGCGUAUAAAAGAUCAAAGUAUCUUCUCCACGUUUCAAGCAUAAGCCCUUUGUCACGGAGAAUUAGGCUGGUUUUUCAAGUAUUUCCUACAAAUUAAUUAACAAAAACCAAAGUUACAUAUCUGGUUUGAUAAAUCAUAGUACUGAAAGUUAUUUCACUGUUUUUGUUAUCCAGUGUUUUUAG